GUACCCUGUGCUCCACUUCCGAGGGCGGUGUUACCAAAGCCAGAGAUCCACAAAUUCCAGUUGAGAUCAAGUUGAAAGACAGACCUUGUUCUUUGCCCAUGAGGAGCAGCCCUUAUCAACAGCAACACUGACAGAAUCUGUGUUUAGGAGAAGGCCUGAUGGCUUUGAGUCUGGGUUGGAAAGCUCGCAGGAACUGCUGUGGUCUCCUUCUGCAGGCAAUGAGAAGUCCUCCUUUGUUUCCCUGGGCUCUCUGUCAUCCCUGGAGAGGAGGUGGAAGCUUUUUGGACCCUGAGAUGAGAGCUUUCCUGGAGGAGAACACUGAAGUCACCAGCAGUGGCAGCCUCACCCCCGAAAUCCAAUUGCGGCUUUUGACCCCCAGGUGCAGGUUCUGGUGGGAAAGAGCUGACCUGUGGCCCCACAGUGAUCCUUACUGGGCAAUCUACUGGCCAGGAGGCCAAGCCCUGUCUAGGUAUCUUCUGGAUCAUCCUGAUGUUGUCAGAGGGAAAUCUGUACUAGAUCUGGGGAGUGGAUGUGGAGCUACAGCUAUUGCUGCUAAGAUGAGUGGAGCAUCAAGGAUCUUGGCCAAUGACAUAGACCCUAUUGCAGGAAUGGCUAUUACACUAAAUUGUGAAUUGAACCGACUGAAUCCUUUGCCCAUUUUAACCAAAAACAUUUUGGAUUUGGAACAAGAUAAGUGGGACCUUGUUGUUCUUGGAGAUAUGUUUUAUGAUGAAAGUCUUGCAGAUAGCCUUCAUCAGUGGCUGAAGAAUUGCUUCUGGACCUACAGAACUCGAGUACUGAUUGGUGACCCUGGGAGGCCCCAGUUCAGCAGACACAGCAUUCAGCGUCAGCUGCACAAAGUGGUGGAAUAUUCACUUCCAGAGCCUACCAGGCAGCAAAACAAUGGACUGACGACAAGCACAGUGUGGGAUUUUCAGCCUUGAGUUGUCAAAGUGCUUCCAAGUAUGAAUAUAGUUAUGUGUGGAUUUAACCCUAAAAGUUUUCUUCACAAGAGAUAUUCUCCAGUUU